GGAAAUUAUAUGGGCGCACCGCCGGGAUGGUUACCGCCUCUGCCAAACAGUUUUGGUCCGCCGAGUGGACCGUUUCCUCCGUUCCUGCCACCUCCCCCACCAUGGAUGGGUGCAUCUCCUGCACCCCCUGGCAGCUUUCCACUUGACCCGGCUUCAAGCGGUGCUGCAAGAGUGGAUGGUGCUGAAGGCGAGGAUGAGGAAGAAGGAGGAGAGUAUUCACAUUACUACAAAGAGUGGGAAGAGAAACAGAGAAGAGGCCAUCGUGAAGUUGAUGCAGAAGAUUCUGAAAUAAUUCCAGAAGGCGCGAUGGCUCACUGGCUUGCACCAGGUCCUCCAGGAUGGGCUCCACCGCCUAACUGGGGUCGCCAUUCUCAUCGUCAUUCUCCCUCGGCUAAUAAUUUCAUUGAUCAUCAAACGCGAAAAGCAUUGCCGGCUUGGAUCCGAGAAGGCUUGGAAAAGGCUGAGCAAGAAAAGCAAAAAAGGCUGAUAAGAGAAGCAAAAAUGAAAGCUGCCGAAGAGGCUGCAAAAGCACGGCGUGCCGCCAAGGGAUUAGGAAAAUUUGAUUCGGACAGCAGCGAGGAUGAAAACGAAAAUGGAAGAGGCAGUGGAAAAUUUGAUGGUGAGCCAAUAUUUAGACAAAAGAGAAAUGAGGAGAAGGAGCAGGAAAGUAAUGUCGUCGAAGAAACGGAGGAGGUGGACUAUCGUACAGAAGACGAGAAAAGAGAGGAUGCUGUAAGUUUUAUUUGUUAA